AUGACUUUUCAUGAAAUGAUUGAAAGAAAUGAGCAAGAAUUCCUCGGAAGUGAUGGCUGGCUGGAUCGGUUCAAGAAAUGGCAUGGCAUUCGUGAAAUUGCUAACAGCGGCGAAUCAUUAUCUGGUGAUGAAGCCGCUAUCUCUGAUUUAAAGAAGAAACUGCACACAGUUGUCGACAAAGGAGGUUCUACUGAAAACGGUAUCUGGAUAUUAAAAAAAAGCAAGGAAAGCAUUAUUGUCCUCACAUACAGCAAUGCCACUGGCAGUCGUAAACUGCGCCUGACUUUACUUGGCAAAUCCAAAGCAUCAAGAGCAUUUAGAUGGCAACCAGCUGAUAAACCUUUGCCAUUGUGGUACACGAAUCAGUCUAACAAGGCAUGGAUGAACAGUGCCAUCUUCAAAGAGUGGUUCCGGGCAGAGUUUGCUCCAGCUGCAGCAAAAUACAUGGAGGUAAAUUGGCUUCCUCGAAAAGUGGACAACGCUCCUUCUCAACCAGAUGAUCUACAAGAACGGGAUUUCAAAGUUGUGUUUCCAUCACGAAACGUCACGUCUCCAUGUCAACCGAUGGACCAAGGUGUUCUUGAGGCGAUGGAAAAACGUUACAGACGCAAGUUGCUGGAAUACUUAAUCGACGUGAUUGAUGCUAAAGAAGAUUUUGUGCAAUCUCUUAAAAAAAUCGAUGUCUUGGAAAAACUCUUAGAUCAUAAGGCAACUCGUCAGUGGUGGGAAGAAGGAGGCAACACCGACACUCAAGCUGACGUGCCAAAAAUAGAUGAAUAUCACGUAAUUUUGGCGAAUUUACUCGAGAAGUUACCGGGUUGUGAAGACGUGGGCUUCGAAGACGUUGAAGAGUGGAUGGAAUACGAAUGUUUUGAUCUGACUGAGGAAGAAAUCGCCCAAAUUGCGACCAGUGAGAAAGCGUCAUAA